AUGGGUUCGGUGUUGCGGGGAAACUCUUCAUUUUGCCUAGUGGACGAUACCACACAUGCUAAAGAAGAAGAUGAUGAAGGAAUAGACAGUCCGUCCCAGACCGAGACCCUGACCGAGGUCAGCCAGGACCAGUCACUACAGACCACGUCCACCACAGCACCGGACAGCGUUCCCCUGUGCGACUCCGAGAUCCAGGAAUCCAAUGAUAACGAUGUUGACCUUCGCUGUCUUGAGGACGUCGGGGAAUGGCCGUCCACGCAAAAGAUCACAGAUGCGCAGUGCUCGUGCGACGACCAGGAGCCUGGCGAGCACGAGGAUAAUGUGCAAGAUAUUUCCACACUCUUUCUCAAUAUUGAGAAAAAAUACUAUUUGGAGAGCUGUCUGAAAAACCAACCGAAGGUCAGACUGAACUGGUCGCGACAGACCACGCCCAUUAUGGCACCGGGCAGCGUUUCCCUGUGCGAUUCCGGGCUCCAGGAAUCAGUUUCUCCCAGUGUUGACCUCCGCCGUCUUGAGGAUAUGUGGGAGUUCCCGUCCACGCGCAGGGUCAAAGAUGCGCAGUGCUCGUUUACCGGCCAGGAGCAUUACGGGUUCGAGGAUUACGUGGACGACAUCUUCGCCCACCGACUCAAUAUUGAGAGUAAAUACCGUAUUGAGAGGUGUCUUAGAAACCAACCGGAGAUAAGCCCUGACAUCCGAAAGAAGCUGAUCAAAUGGCUGACGGCGAUGCAUCAUGAUUUUGCUCUAUGCCAGGACACGCUUUACCUUGCCGUACAUGUGUUCGACCGAGUGCUUACUGAGAUGGAGGUUUCAAGUGAAUGCCUUGAGCUGGUGGUUAUCGCAAGUCUUCUUGUCGCUUGUAAACAGGUGAAGCAGUCUGAGCUGAUUGUGUUGAUGGCAACCUGUUUUGACCUGAUGGCUCCCACAGUGCUGCAGUUUCUGGAGUAUUAUGCAUCUUUCAGUCUUGUAACCUGUACUGGAGACGCUGAGCUAACUGAUAGUCUGAAGGCUGCGCGUGAUGUGUCUCGUUGUGCGCUGGAGUUGUCCUUACAGGAUUAUGAAUUAUGUCAGUUCCCGCCAUCUGUGCUGGCUCUGUGUGUGUGGAGAGUUGCCGUGGAGAAGGUCAAUUAUACCAUUGACAUGCGCACAGUUCACUACACAUGUGACUUUCCCAAACUCCAGCUUGAGACCUGCAUAGCACAAGUUCACAAGUUCUUCAAAAGUUUCAAGCAGUCCGGCCAGGAAAUGUCCUCACUCUAUGAGAAGUAUGGGAACUUGUAG